GCCUCAGCUCACUCGAUCCUCCAGCAACACCCGCGGCACCACAACACCAGAGCGUCGCCAACCUCGACUGUCCAUCGCGAUAUUGGCAUCCGCCCCGAAUAGUUGUAUGAAGUAGGAUUUGGCGUCGCUGAGCGUUGUCGGGGGCGCACUGGCAGCGAAUCUGCGACCGCAUCCCCCCCGGGUUCCUCCACUCAUUCACCCCUUGCCUCUGGACGCCGAAGCAGCACGAGGUUACAGUUCUUCGAGAUUCGAGAGAAGGGUAUCGAGGAUAGGUCAGAAUUACAGAAUUCCUCGAAGGCCAGGUCAAACUCGAGGCGGGUGCAGGCGCCUACGAGUUACGAUACUAGUUGCUCGUCGAAUACAAUAGCGAAGUUCUUUGUCGAAUUCAUUCGAAAAUCUCAGAUCUCCCCGAUCUACGACCGAAAUGCCUUCUGACCUCCCGCAAACACCACAGAGCCCUUCUUACGAUUCCACUUACUUUCCUUCGAAGCUCGCGGCAUCCCCCCGAACCGGUAGCUCGCUCCCCACGCCAGCACACAGCAUAAACGGCAGCAUGUCUUCGACCACACCAGAUGUUGUUGCAGAGGCAGCUCACGUAGAGGAUCCCUCAAACAAGCGCAAGCGCGAUAUUGAAGACGGUGGCGAUCGAGAUCAGAAGAAGGUUCACCUCGAGGACAGCAGACUGCGUAUUGAAGACCUCCAUUUGGAUGUGGGCGAAAAAUACCUUCUCUGCAGAACUCCUCAUCCGCCUUUUCCAAUACCUCUCAAGGAAGAUCUCUUCCAGAGGUACGGUCUAACUGAUCUCGCUGAGACUGUUGCCCGGAGCAACCCAGAUGGCUCGAAGAAAACAGUUCGUAAGACAUACAAGGGUCAUAUCAAGAGGGUUCUCAAAUUGAGUGGUAAUUUCGACUCGGUGAAGAGGGGGGCCGAGGAGCCUAAUUCAUUAGUUUCGAUGAUGUGCCAACCAGAUGAGGUAUGGAACGCACAAUAUGCCCAGGCAUCCAAAGAAAUUGAAACGGGCAUACCACAACCAGUUUUGGCAAAUCUGGGUAAGGCUGUGACGAUGGCAAGAGGGGUAAUACCGAAGGAUAUGUGGAACAGUAGUGUUCUAGGCGAGCUGGUUCCUCCUUCAGCUCCCGCUCAGCCUGCAAAGGGCGUUCAGAAUGGAGUCAAGACACAGCAGCCCCCGCAAGCCGCUGGGGUCCGCACAGUCAAGCCCGAGGUUCCACGUCCAAAGAGAAAUAUCAAGAAGCGUACCUAUGGUGAUGCAAGUUUUGAGGGUUAUGGCGAGGGCUUUGUCGAUGAUGAUGCUCAGGAGACUGGAUACUCUACUGGCGAUGGCGAUGAAAGAACAGGGCGCAAACGACCCAAGAAGACUAUACAAUCAAACAGUUUUCAAGGUCCGGUUGCGCGGCAAAAUAGUUACGGUCCAGGCAUGGUUGGAGUAUGAAUGCCGGUCCCGACUUCUUUUUUCCAAUCCCAUGCCCAUACCAAGUCACGGGGCGCCGCAGAUAAUGACCCGUUUACUCGAUACCAAACUUAGCUGACAAGACGAGCCAUACCUCGCGUUUGCUGGAUGGUCUCGAGAUUGCUCGCCGAUAGCACAUAGCGACAGGAGAGCACUCGCCUAAAAGCGCUUGAUGAGAGACAGCCGAGCUGUGGGCUUUGGUCUCGAAGCUACAGCCGCAGUGGCUUGCAGCUCUCAAUGUAUGAUUGAUGGCACGCUUUUAUGCGGCCCCUUGCUUUUGCAUUUCUGAUUUUAGCGGGAGUCCUGGGUAGGUAGGAAGACGGCUGGAUGGGCCUGUAUGUGGACAGAAAUUCAGAAUGCAAAAUAAGCAUUCCAUGAGUACAAUUAAUAUUCGUGAUGAU